AUGCCGCAACUACCCGAAGAUCUUCUUGAUCUCCUCUUCCUCGACCAAGCGGACUCCUUCCGGCUCAGAUUCUUCCGUGACCAAGCCGACUUCUUCCGUCUCUGCUUUGUCGAACUGCUUCAUGAGUGCCCACUGUGGCGACGCAGAGUCCUCGGACAGGACCAUCCUCAGCGGCUGAGGAUCCUCCACAGCAUCACCAAAUCCAGUCGUCACACCAUCAGUCAUCAGGGUGAAUUGGAUGUCGUUGGAACCUCUGACCUUCGCAAUGGUCAUCCUCAGGGUACCGGACUCCGUGUUCGUAUCCACCUCAGUAUACGGUCCAGAGUCCGUGAUGGGCACCGCCCCGCGGCCGCCCUUGGCCCGCUUGCCGGCCUUGCCCUUCCUUGCACCGGGUUCGACGUUCAUGAGAUCACCGUCCUCGUCGGUCGUCCACUUCCGCUCCGCCCUGAGCGUGUUUCCUUUGUUGAGAUUCGGCCAGUCGUGAAACUGAAGUGUCGUCGUGGAGAGGAUGGGGUGCCUGUUGCCGCCUUUCACUUCGGACGCUUGGAUCGUUCUCGUCAAAACCUGGAAUUCCCCGUCUCUGUAACCGACUGCGAUGGCUUGAGACCCCCUCGGCCCGCUUGUGACUUCUCCCAUCUCCUUCGCGGACAAGACCUUCACCCAUACCGGUCCCUCACCGCUCGUCCUCUCCCCGCCGGACACCUCGGCAGCGUGCAUGGUGACCUUGUACGCACCAGGCUCGCCUUUCACAAAGCUGACGUGGAUCUGACCUUUGGGCGCGUUCGUGCUCCACUGGAUAUGCUCGACUCCGGCCGACUGGCUCUGCCCGGAAUUCGCGUCGCCUUCGACGCUUUCUCCCUCGCCUUCGCUGCUCUCGUCCUCGACCUCGCCACCAAGGGGCUCCCAUUGUUCAUCGAUGACGAUAGAAUCCGGAAGCUGUGCUGGGAUCAUGCCAUUCGAGGGCGCGAGCCCAGUGACGGUCGUCUUUGCAGUGACUUGGGUGUCGGUCUCGGAAUCAGCCGCUUCGACAGAAAGAGUGAACUCGGCUUCGGUCGGAUUAUGCGAGUACUUCAAGAACACAGUCUGCUUCGGCGCCGAAGUCCCCCAUGGGCCAGGGGCGGCGUCGCUGUGGUCCAUGGACGCCAUGUGAUGUUGUGGGUCGGAUCACGGAGGGGAAGGAGAGAGGGCUGGCUUUCGAUGUGCUUGACGCAGGGAGAACUCGCUGAUAUGGUGCAGCAGGGUUGGUGGCGACUGGCGAUCGAAGUGCACAGAACUCUUACGCGUAUCACUGAAUCACCCUUUUUGAAGCUCGGGGAAUAUGCUCGUGGCGUGCUCAGGCGUGAUGGGGGAAAGCUAAACAAAGGAGAGCGGGAAAUCUCGUUUUGUCUGAACCUCCGAUCUAGUGGCCACGGAGGGGCUGACCGUGCAGAUCUAGAUAUCGUGGUCGACUUGUAG